AAAAAGAAUCAGUGAAGAUGAGAACUGCAUUUAUUUCGGUAUCAGUGUUGAUCUUCUUGAUUCUACAUCAGUCGGACAGAACUGAUGCCUGGUUGUUUCAGAAAUCCCACAGUAGAUGCCAAGGAGGAAAACCCUAUUAUUUUGGAACCACAGACUUGCUCUGCAAAAUUGGACGUAGAUCAGCACCAAGUCGCUUUACACUGAGCCUGAGUCACCGAUGGAUCUAUUUUGAUGGGGAAUACUUCGAGUGGGGGGUCAAUGGCCAGUCUUAUCACUAUGGUAGCACCCUAACGGAUGGGGAUCACUGUCGCACGGAACAAGAGGAGGAACCUGCCGGAUACAGCCAGCUGGACAAAAGUUGUAUUGAGAAAUGUGCCCGAUCGUAUAAAGGGAGAUACGGCUCUUAUAAUCUGCUGACUAACAACUGCCACAUCUUCGCUAACAAAUUAUCUGAGGUUUUGUGUAACCACACAACAUGUCCAGAAUGGUGUCAAUAA